AUGUCUCCGUACAGAUUGGUGUUUGCAAAAGCUUGCCACUUGCCCGUCGAGCUCGAGCAUAAGGCGUACUGGGCUAUCAAGAAGCUGAACUUUGAUCUAAAAACUGCUGGAGAGAAGCGCCUGUUGCAACUAAAUGAGCUCGACGAGAUUAGGCUUAAUGCCUAUGAAAAUGCCCGGAUUUAUAAGGAGAAAACCAAGAAGUGGCACGAUCACCACAUACUGAGAAGAGAGUUCAAGGUGGGAGAGAAGGUAUUACUUUUCAACUCACGCCUUAAACUCUUCCCUGGAAAAUUAAAGUCAAGGUGGUCCGGACCAUUUACGGUGACCAAAGUGUACCCACAUGGUGCAAUCGAGAUUCUUCGUGAUCAAGGGGCGUUUAAGGUGAAUGCUCAGAGGCUCAAGCACUAUAUUGAAGGGGUUUCCGUCCUGGAAAUCUCAACAUAUCAUCUGGAAUGA